AUGAAAAAAAGAAUUCAAAAGCGCCGUCAGAAAGCGCCCACAACAAAAGUAACCCAAAGGCAGCGAAGAACGGUAAAGGUUGCACCAAAGAUUACCGGGAUCGAUCCAUCUUCAAUUUGGAACAACGAUAAAACAAACUCUGAAAACUACUCCACGCUUGGGAUAAUUUCCUCGCUCAACAAGCCUCUACAUAAUAAGCCGAUCAAAUAUCAGCUCAGCGGAAUUGAGAAUAUGCUGUUUCCAUCAAAACCGACCAGGGAGUCCGAAAUAUUCGAUUCAAAUGAGGUAGAAUCGGGUGCAAUUGCGAUAAAGUCAUUUUUCUUGCAAUCGUUUGGAGCCCUGCAAAAGGAGCCACCAAGCGAACAAUCUCUUCUUUUUAACAAGCUUCCAAAGACGGAUGUUGAAAAAGAAGCACAGAAAAAAAAGAAGCUUUCAACGUCCAUGUGCGCGUAUUUAGAAAAGCUCAUCAAACUCCAUGGAAGCUCUGAAUCGGGCCUGAAGGCCAUGCAAAACGACAUUGAAAAUAACCACCAGCAAUUCACUGCGCCAAAGCUGGGCUCUCUAUUGAGGCUCUAUUCACAAAGUACAUAA